AUGAUGGCGAUGAUCCUGAUUCUUAUUAUCGUUGUUUAUGGAAGUUAUCGUUUGUAUCAACACUUAUAUCCGACGCCAGAGGUUACUCCUCAUGGUAAAUACGUUUUGAUCACUGGAUGUGAUACGGGGUUCGGUCGUACAUUAGCUAUUGAACUUGAUAGACAAGGUUUUCACAUACUGGCUGGUAUUUACAAUUCUGACAAUCAAAAAGCACUUGAAAAUGAGCUUUCGUCGCGUGCAACUGUCUUCUCUUUGGAUAUAACUCAACCGGCACAGGUCGACGCAGCUUAUCAACUGGUGAAAACGAAAACUGAUACAUUACAUGCGCUCGUUAACAAUGCUGGUAUCGAUCAGGAUGGUCUCAUCGAUUGGAUAAGCCUUGAUUUUAUGAGAAGAAUGAUGGAAGUGAAUUAUUUUGGGCACGUGAACAUGACGAAAACUUUCUUACCUUUAUUAAUAAAGAAACGGAAUUCACGCGUGAUCAACAUAUGUUCGGUCGCAGGUUAUAUAGUCGCACCUAGUAUGUCGUCUUAUUGCGCAUCAAAAUAUGCUUUAGAAGCCUUUUCUGAUUGUCUUCGUCGUGAAAUGCAUCCGUGGGGUUUACGCGUUAGCAUCAUCGAACCAGGUUACAUGCGAACACCUAUUAUUGAAGGACAGGUUGAAAUCAUGCGAAAAAUGUGGAAUGGUUUGAGAGAAGAUGUCAGAGAGCGAUGGGGUGAAGAUUAUUUGAAGAAUAUAAUGAAUAAACGAACGAACAGUUUUUUCAUUCGUUUGGCGGAAGAUCCUCGAAAGGUUGUACGUGCUCUUCAACAUGCUGUUGCGAAUACAGUUCCACACAUUCGUUAUCGACCAGGUUGGCAAUCAAGUUUACUGUUUUUUCCCUUGUCGAUGAUUCCGGCUGGAAUCACUGAUUUCGUCUUAUACAGAGGACAGGGACGAAAUGUUACACCGAGCGGUGUUUAUCAACAAAUCAAGGAAUAG